AAGAGGAAGCCCUAAAGGGUCAAAGGGAAUACAAAAGCAAAGGCUAUUUUCUUUCUUUUCUUUCCCGCCCCCCUUCCUUUCCUUCUUCCUUUCUUUCUUUCUUUCUUUUUUUUUUUUUUGAGAGCGGUCGGCUUUGCGCUGGCGGUUUGGGGCGGGCGCCGCCGAGGUGAGGGAGUCUCGCCUCCCGCGCGCUAGUAGGUGGGACCACCCAGGCCUCAAGUGAAGAGCCGGCUCUGUUCCAGAGGUCUUGGAACAGCUCAGGCUACUCAGGAGAUGUGGGCACUCCUGGUUGGAAAUGGUUGAAUCCCAGAAUAUUGUUCCAUUAUGGAUGGAGGGGAUGAUGGUAACCUUGUUAUCAAAAAGAGGUUUGUGUCUGAGGCAGAACUAGAUGAACGGCGCAAAAGGAGGCAAGAAGAAUGGGAGAAAGUUCGAAAACCUGAAGAUCCACAAGAAUGCCCAGAGGAGGUUUAUGACCCUCGGUCUCUAUAUGAAAGGCUGCAGGAACAGAAAGACAGGAAGCAGCAGGAGUAUGAGGAGCAGUUCAAAUUCAAAAACAUGGUAAGAGGCCUAGAUGAAGAUGAGACCAACUUCCUUGAUGAGGUUUCUCGGCAGCAGGAACUAAUAGAAAAGCAACGAAGAGAAGAAGAACUGAAAGAACUGACAGAAUACAGAAAUAAUCUUAAGAAGGUUGGAAUUUCUUCAGAAAACAAGAAGGAAGUGGAGAAGAAAGUGGCUGUGAAACCUGUAGAAACCAAGAACAAGUUCUCCCAGGCAAAGCUGUUGGCAGGAGCUGUGAAGCAUAAGAGCUCAGAGAGUGGCAGCAGUGUGAAAAGACUGAAACCAGACCCUGACCCAGAUGACAAGAAUCAAGAAGCCUCGUCCUGCAAAUCUCUUGGGAACACUUCCCUGAGCGGCCCGUCCAUCCACUGCCCCUCGGCCGCAGUCUGCAUUGGCAUCCUGCCAGGCCUGGGCGCCUACUCUGGGAGCAGCGACUCUGAAUCCAGCUCAGACAGCGAAGGCACCAUCAACGCCACUGGGAAGAUUGUGUCCUCCAUCUUCCGAACCAACACCUUCCUCGAGGCCCCCUAGCUCCGCCGUCCUUCCCAGAGGGAGCUGCUCCCCAGGGGUAGAUUGGACGGUUCAUUCUGCCUCCAGGCAUCACAUCCCUCAACAAACUCCUUUGCCUGCUUCCUGUGUACACCGUGACACUUUUAACCUAAUCUAAAAAUGUGCCAGAAUCUACUUGUAGCCCGAAUUGUGUUUGGUUUCUCUUCCCACUCCAGCGCAGAUGGCCAUACCUGUCCUUCUGCCUCCUUCCUCACUAACGUGAGGGAAUGUGGGGCAAGGCCCUGCAGAAAUGCCACUAGCGAUGCCCUGGGGGGACAGGCCCCAGCUGGCGUGCCAGAGGGGUUUGGGUUUUAUUGCUUUCUGGUAGUGUCUUUUUUCCUCUCCCAACAGUACAAAGAAGCAAGGGCAGUUCUUGGACAGGUAUUAGUAAACAUUUCUUGUAGAUAGACAUGUUAUUUGGUCCCACUGCAUUGUGGAGCAUGUGGGGAUAGGGUACUCACCCAGGUGAUGAAAUGGGGCCCUUCCCUGGAACUAACUAGUCCUUGAUGUUGUGUGACUAAGUAAAGAUAAAUUCUAUCUGCAGGGGGUGUCAUUUAACACUCUUGUGAAGUUUUUCCUCACCCUUGGCCAUCCUUUCUCCCCCCCAUCCAGUCCCAUUUGUGUAGGAGAGGACUGGCAACAAGAAGGCUUCCAUUUUCUCCUUGGACCUUUACUCAGACUGGCAAAUUAUUUUGUUUUUGUUUUGAAAUAAAGGAUUUAGUUUAAGAUUCUAAA